CCUCGGGCUCAAGCCCAGCACCAAAGCCGUGCGAAGGUGGGCGUCGUUUCGUUUCGGGGACGCCAAACUGCUGCCCAUUACUGGGCCCUUGAGGGCCCGCUGCUCUCCUGCGGUGGCCGCCCAAAACCAGUGGUCUGAGAUGUGUUCUUGUUCGCUUGCUGUCGUUUCCCGCGGGCCUCGCACACGCUGGCAAACGCCACCAUGAGCUACCUCCCGGCCCUUUUCAGUUUUUGUUUAAAACGUCGGACAGGGUCUCGCCACGCUGCCCAGACCUCGACCUCCUGCCCUCCUGCCCUCCUGCCUCAGCCUCCCGGGCAGCGGGGACCGCCAGCGUGCGCCCCAACGUCCGCCCGAAAUGCUUCCCGAGGGCGGCCUGGCUCCGCCGCCCCACCGCGCGCGACCCCGCGACCCCAGCCAGGCCUCGCGUUUCCACCGAGCGGCCCCCAUGAUGUCCUCGGGCCGCGAGAACGCCGGGGGCGGGGGUGCUCGGGAACCAGCGCGCCCCAUGCCCCGCACCCCGAAAGCCUCUGGAGACGCAGGCUGGCCCCAGCGCCCCUCUGCAGAAAGGAAGCUUCGGCAGGUCACCGCCCCGCCGCCCACCUCCCUGGGUCUGGACGGAACGAGGACCCCGGCCUCCUUUGUCACUCUCGGGGCCGUCGCGCUCCGCCCCUCCCCAGGCACGUCUCGCGAGAGUUCCUCCGCGAACUGCGGUUAAAAGGUCUGGCCCCUCUCUCUUUCCGUAGUGCGGAGUUGUGGCCCCAAGGAUCGUGGUCCCGGCCCCCUUGGUGCAGCUGCGCGGGCUGUCGGCGGAGCCCAGCUCGGAGGGCUCGGCGCCGCACCAUGGCCGCCUUCCGCUCGGGCCUGCUGGUGCUGACGGCGCCGCUGCCCGCGCUGGCCCCGCGCCUGGCGCCGCUGCUGAGCUCGGCCGCGCGCCUGGUGAACCGCACGCUCUACGUGCAUCUGCAGCCCGGCCUGAGCCUGGCGGGCCCCGCGCAGCCGCAGCCCGGCCCGGUGCCCGCCACCUUCGAGGUCCUCGACGUCCUCUCGCUGCUCUACGCGGGCGCCGAUCGCCACCGCGGCCUGGAUGUGCGGGUGCUGCUGACCAACGUGCAGGCCAAGAGCGCCCUGCCGCCCGCGCCCGCCCCUUCGGUGCAGAACCUGGCGCACCCGCCGGAGGUGGUGCUCACAGACUUCCAGACCCGCGACGGGAGCCAGUACAACCCGGUGAAGCAGCAGCUGGAGCGCUACGCCACCAGCUGCUACAGCUGUUGCCCGCAGCUGUCGUCCGUGCUGCUGUGUCCGGACGAUGGGACCGGAGAGCUGCCCGUGGAGCCCCUGGAUGUCCCCUUGCCCUCCACCAUCAGGCCUGCGUCCCCCGUGGCCAGGUCCCCAAAGCAGCCCGUGCGAGGCUACCUCCGCGGUGCUGUGGGCGGCACCUUCGACCGACUGCACAACGCCCACAAGAUGCUGCUCAGUGUGGCCUGUGCCCUGGCCCAGGAGCUGCUUGUGGUGGGAGUGGCAGACAAGGACCUCUUGAAGAGCAAGGUGCUCCCUGAGCUGCUCCAGCCCUACGCACACCGAGUGGAACACCUGAGUGAGUUCCUGGUGGACAUCAAGCCCUCCUUGACUUUUGAUAUCGUCCCCCUGCUGGACCCCUAUGGGCCCGCGGGCUCUGACCCCUUGCUGCAGUUCCUGGUGGUCAGCGAGGAGACCUAUCGUGGGGGGAUGGCCGUCAACCGCUUCCGCCUGGAGCAUGGCUUGGAGGAGCUGGCCUUGUACCAGAUUCAGCUGCUGAAGGACCAAAGUCACCAGGAAAAUGAAGAAGACAAAGUCAGCUCCUCUAGCUUGCGUCAGCGAACGUUGGGUACCCUGCUCCGGCCCCCGAAUAAGAGGCCGGAGCUCCCAGCCUGUCUCUACGUGCUUGGCCUGACGGGCAUCAGUGGCUCUGGGAAGAGCUCUAUAGCUCGGCGGCUGAAGAACCUGGGAGCCUUUGUCAUCGACAGUGACCAGCUGGGCCAUCGGGCCUACGCCCCGGGUGGCCCUGCCUACCAGCCAGUGGUGGAGGCCUUUGGAACAGACGUUCUCCAUAAGGACGGGCUCAUCAACAGGAAGGUCCUGGGCAGCAGGGUAUUUGGGAACAAGAAGCAGCUAAAGGUCCUCACAGACAUCAUGUGGCCAGUGAUUGCCACACUGGCACGGGAGGAGAUGGACCUGGCUGUGGCCCAGGGGAAGACGGUGUGUGUCAUCGAUGCUGCUGUGCUGCUGGAAGCUGGCUGGCAGGACAUGGUACAUGAGGUGUGGACUGUGGUCAUCCCUGAGACUGAGGCUGUGCGACGCAUCGUGGAGAGGGACGGGCUGAGUGAAGCUGCUGCCCACAGCCGCCUGCAGAGCCAGAUGAGCGGGCAGCAGCUGGUGGAGCAGAGCCAUGUGGUACUGAGCACCCUGUGGGAGCCGCAUGUCACCCAGCAGCAGGUGGAACGGGCCUGGAAUCUCCUGCAGCAGCGCCUCCCUGAGACUCUUCGUGCCCUCGACUGACCGUAUGACUGACUGCUGGGGGCCUGCGGUGGCCCUCGGAGCCUAUAGGAGCCUGUGUCGAGGAGGGAGCACCCAGGACUCGCGUCUUAGGCGGGGCCAUGCUGGACACGGCCGGGCCGGGGAACACAGGCGGCACCCAGACACGCGGUGGGGGGCAGCCCCUGGGCUCCCGAGCGACAGAGGUGGUCUGCUGCCCGCUCCAGCGGGUCAGGGAGACCCGAGAGCUUGGUACAGAAUUAAAGCUGGAUGUGCACAGG